AUGCGUGGCCUCUAUUUUAAGGCAAUACUUGACGGGUAUAUGGUUGCCUACGAGUUUAUAACUGACCCAGUAACGAAUAACUGCUGGCUACUUGCUAAGGAUGUCUCUGUAGCGACCAGUGCGGACUGGCUCGCAGCUGCUGAUGACGCCCAGUUCAGUCAUGACUCGGUCCCUGGCAUCAUUCAACUCAAGUGCAUGGAAACUCGAUCCGAAAAGCACUACGACUUUACCUGUAGCAGGACUAAGGGUGGUUGCUAUCAAAAUCACCAGGUUCCUCCGGAGGAAGAUGUCAUCCAUAUCGACGGGGAGGUUCUACAGGAAGGAACCGAGGGACACACCAUCAUUUCUCGUGCAUUUCGGAUGAUUGAAGCUAAUUUAUUUGCUUCUACGCAGCCUAUGUAG